GUUGAACAAUUAACUAAUGAUGCCAAAUUAUUAAGAAAGAAUUAUAAUUUGGUGGAAGCUGAAUGUUGUUAUAACGCAACAUCAAUGCAUGAUUUGCGAUUCAAAUUAGAUAAUGAGAAUAUAAAAUAUACUAUUCUCAUAAAAAAACAUAAGCAAGAAAUAUAUCAAAGAGACCAAAGAGAAUCUGAUUUUCAAGCACAAAUAGACUUUUUAAAAAAAAAAGAUCGAGAAAUUAGAAUUAGAUUUAG